AUGGCCAACAACAACGCAGAGAAGGAUCAUUUGGAGGGGACGACCGGGAACGCAAACAUGGCGCCAGAGGCUGCACCCGCGGAGGUGCGCUCUGAGUCGUCAAUUGCCAGCUCGACGGAUGUGGAAGAGGGCCGCGAGCGUGCCCGGCAGAGCAACCCCAAUGGUACUUCCAAUGUCUCGAACGGCAUAUCUGUGGAGCGAGCGGAGGCAGAUUUUGCGGAAUUACAGCGUGAGCUCUCCGGCAUGUCCAGAGCCAGCCGUAUCAACAGUCGCGCGAGCCGCGGCGGUGACGUCGAGAAGGCUACGGGCACAGCUUCUGAGUCGCCCGGUUCCAUCUCAACAGAGGAUGUGUUCGACUUGGAGUCGGCCCUUCGCGGUGGUCUGGAGGCCGAACAGGCUGCCGGCAUAAAGCCAAAACACAUCGGCGUGUACUGGGAGGGACUGACAGUGAAGGGCAUGGGCGGCAUGGAAAACUUUGUACAGACUUUUCCCGAUGCCUUUGUCAACUUCGUCAACUACUGGGACCCCCUGAAGCGCCUCCUUGGCAUGGGUCCCAAGCCAAACGAGGUCACGAUCCUGGACAACUUCCGUGGAGUCAUCAAGCCCGGCGAGAUGGUUCUGGUACUUGGACAACCCGGCUCAGGAUGCACUACAUUUCUCAAGUCAAUCGCCAACCAGCGUUACGGCUAUACUGGUGUUUCGGGAGAUGUUUUGUACGGCCCUUUCACUGCAAAGGAAUUCGACACGUACCGUGGCGAGGCGGUCUAUAACCAAGAGGACGAUAUCCACCAUGCGACACUUACUGUAGAGCAGACUCUAGGAUUUGCUCUCGAUGUCAAAACGCCGAAGAAGCUCCCCGCUGGCGCCACCAAGACCAAAUUCAAGCAGGAUGUCAUCACUAUGCUUCUGAAAAUGUUCAACAUCGAGCACACUCGAAACACAGUCGUUGGUAAUGCUCUGAUUCGGGGUGUGUCUGGCGGUGAAAGGAAACGUGUGUCUAUCGCGGAGAUGAUGAUCACUAACGCCAGUAUCCUGUCGUGGGACAACAGCACCCGUGGUCUAGACGCCAGUACUGCGCUUGAUUUCGUCAAGUCUCUCCGUGUGCAGACAAAUCUCUACCGGACUGCCACCUUCGUGUCUCUCUACCAAGCCUCCGAGAAUAUCUACAGGCAGUUCGACAAGGUUUUGGUGAUCGAUUCUGGAAAGCAGGUCUACUUCGGUCCCGUGGGAGAGGCACGAGGCUACUUCGAGAGCCUCGGUUUCGCGCCCAAGCCCAGACAGACCACCCCAGACUACGUUACCGGUUGCACUGACGAGUACGAACGUGAAUACCAGGACGGAUACUCGCCAGCCAAUGCGCCUCACAGCCCCGAAACACUUGCCGAGGCCUUCAAGAAGUCGGCCUUCACCGAGAGGCUGAACACCGAGAUGACUGAGUACAAGACGCAACUCGAGCACGACUCUGCCAAGCACGAUGACUUCCGAACUGCGAUCCGUGAAAGCAAGCGCAGUGGCGCUAAGCGAUCCGUCUAUAAUGCAGGCUUCCAACUCCAAGUUUGGGCAUUGAUGAAACGACAGUUUGCCCUGAAGAUGCAAGAUCGCCUCGCUCUGAUUUUGGGUUGGAUUCGCAGCAUCGUCAUUGCAAUUGUACUCGGUACUCUCUAUCUCAAUCUCGGUCAAACAUCAGCCAGUGCUUUCAGCAAGGGUGGUCUACUGUUCGUGUCGCUUCUCUUCAACGCCUUCGAAGCCUUCUCGGAAUUGGCCAGUACGAUGACGGGUCGAUCAAUUGUAAACAAGCACAAGGCUUAUGCAUUUCACCGUCCGUCUGCGCUCUGGAUCGCCCAAAUAUUCGUCGACACGGCGUUUUCGGCUGCUCGAGUUCUCGUGUUUAGUAUUAUUGUAUACUUCAUGACGAACCUGACCAGGACGGCUGGCGCCUUCUUCACCUUCUAUUUGAUGAUCAUGGUUGGCAAUAUCGCGAUGACACUCUUUUUCCGUAUCGUCGGCUGUGUCAGUCCCGACUUCGACUAUGCCAUCAAGUUUGCGGUCAUCAUUAUUACACUCUUCAUCUUGACCUCCGGUUAUCUGAUUGCCUAUCAAUCCCAGCAGGUUUGGCUCAGGUGGAUCUUCUGGGUGAACGCGCUCGGUCUUGCUUUCGCCAGUCUAAUGGCCAAUGAAUUCAAGGACAAUGACCUUGAAUGCACAGCAGACUCACUCAUUCCCUCCGGUCCAGAAUAUGGCAGUAUCACGAACCAGGUCUGCACUCUGGCAGGGUCCACCCCAGGUACUUCGCGGGUCAGUGGUGCCGCAUACAUCACCCAGGGCUUCUCUUACCAUCCAUCUGACCUGUGGAGGAACUUCGGUAUUAUCAUGGCUCUUAUUGUGUUCUUCCUAAUCAUGAACGUCGUCCUAGGAGAAUUUGUCAAGUUCGGCGCUGGUGGCAACACAUUCAAGGUUUUCCAGAAGCCAAACGAGGAGCGAAAGCGACUCAACGAGGCAUUGGCCAACAAGCGUCUGGAGCGCCAAAAGUCAAGAACACAAGAAGAGGGCACCGCACUUUCUAUUGAGUCAAAGAGUGUUCUGACCUGGGAGAACCUCAACUAUGACGUGCCGGUUCCUGGUGGCACUCGCCGAUUGCUCAACAACGUCUUUGGAUACGUCAAGCCUGGCCAGCUCACCGCCCUGAUGGGAGCCUCUGGUGCUGGAAAGACCACACUUCUUGACGUGCUGGCGGCCCGAAAGAAUAUUGGAGUCAUCCAUGGAGACAUCCUCGUCGAUGGUAUCAAACCGGGCAAAGAGUUCCAGCGAUCAACUUCCUACGCUGAACAGCUCGACAUGCACGACCCCUCCCAGACUGUUCGAGAAGCCCUACGCUUCUCCGCUGACCUGCGACAGCCAAUCGAGACGCCGCAAGAAGAGAAGUACGCCUACGUUGAGGAGAUCAUCGCAUUGCUGGAGAUGGAAUACAUGGCGGACGCUAUCAUCGGCUUCCCUGAGGCGGGUCUUACGGUCGAACAGCGCAAGCGUGUCACCAUUGGUGUCGAAUUGGCUGCUAAGCCCCAGUUAUUGCUGUUCCUGGACGAACCCACAUCUGGUCUUGACUCUCAAAGUGCCUUCAACAUUGUGCGUUUCUUGAAGAAGCUUGCGAAUGCUGGACAGGCAAUUCUCUGCACCAUCCACCAACCGAAUGCCGCGCUUUUCGAGAACUUUGACAGAUUAUUGCUUCUCCAGCGAGGUGGCCAAACCGUCUACUUCGGUGACAUUGGCAAGGAUGCCGUCGUUCUUAGGGAUUACCUGAAGCGCCAUGGUGCUAUCGCUGGCGACCGAGACAACGUUGCUGAGUUCAUGUUGGAAGCCAUAGGAGCCGGAAGCGCACCUCGAAUUGGUGACAAGGACUGGGCCGACAUCUGGAACGACAGCCCCGAGCUUGCCAAUGUCAAGGAUACCAUUUCACAACUCAAGGAGUCCCGUAAGGGCCAGGAAAUCGACCCUGCAAUGCAACGAGAGUUCGCCUCCCCACUCAGCCAUCAACUCAAGAUCGUCAUCAACCGAACUAAUCUCGCUUUCUGGCGCUCUCCCAACUAUCUGUUCACACGACUCUUCAACCACUUCGUCAUUGCGCUUCUGGCCGGUCUCACAUUCCUCCAGCUCGACGACUCCCGAUCGUCUUUGCAGUACAAGGUUUUCGUUACCUUCCAGGUCACUGUCCUGCCUGCACUCGUCAUCUCGCAGGUCGAGGUUAUGUACCACAUCCAGCGAGCCAUCUUCUUCCGCGAGCAGUCGUCCAAGAUGUACAGCAGCUUCACUUUUGCCAGUUCCAUGGUCUUGGCCGAGAUGCCGUACUCGAUCCUCUGCGCCGUUGUUUUCUUCCUACCUAUCUACUACCUACCGGGCUUCCAGUUUGAAAGCUCACGUGCCGGUUACCAAUUCUUCAUGAUUCUGAUUACCGAGCUGUUCUCCGUCACCCUUGGUCAACUUCUUGCAGCACUUACGCCUUCCGCUUUCAUCUCCAGCCAGUUCGAUCCCUUCGUUAUCAUUACUUUCGCCCUCUUCUGCGGAGUAACGAUUCCGGCUCCGCAGAUGCCAGGAUUCUGGCGAGCAUGGCUUUACCAGCUUGAUCCCUUCACUCGUCUCAUUGGUGGUAUGGUCACGACCGCGCUGCAUGAGCUCCCCGUGAAGUGUGCAUCUGGCGAGUACAACACUUUCCCUGCCCCAGACGGCCAGAACUGUGGCGAUUACAUGUCGGACUUCUUCGACAAGUAUGGUGGCCCCGGCUAUAUCAGGAACAGCUCUGCCACCAACUGCGAGUACUGCGCCUACAAGGUCGGCGACCAAUUCUACGAGCCUCUGGGCUUCGACUUCGUCAACCGCUGGAGGGACCUUGGCAUCUUCCUCGCUUUCGUGGGGUCCAACUUGGUCAUCCUCUUCCUCGGAAGCCGCUUCUUGAACUUCAACCGUAGAUGA